UUCUCUGUCCCUCCCUCUCUCGCUGCGAUUGGACGGUACGCGCGCGCUCGUUGCCGAACGCAAGGGCGCGUGCGGUAUAUGUGCGUGUUUACGAGCGCCGCGCUCCCACGUGCAGGCGGUGUGUGUGUGUAUGUGUGUGUGUGUGUGUAUGGAGGAAGCGGCGGCCCGCGCGCGGACUCGGCACCCGGGACGAUGAGCGGCGCGCCGCGCGACCCUUUCUACUCCUCGCCGUUUGGCCCGUUCUACCGGAGGCACGCGCCCAGCGCCGCGCAGCCGCAGUACCGCAUCCACGAGCUCAACAAGCGGCUCCAGAGCCGUACAGAGGAUUGUGAUAUACUAUGGUGGGACGCGUUUUGCACCGAGUUCUUCGAGGACGAUGCGGCGUUAACGCUCUCCUUCUGUCUCGAGGAUGGACCAAAGACAUACACAAUCGGACGGGCACUGAUCCCCCGUUUCUUCAGCACACUGUACGAAGGAGGAGUGUACGAGCUGUUUUUCGAGCUCAAGCACACAAAAGAGUCAUUCAACAGCUCAGCCAUCACUGUAGACUGCCACCAGUGCACCAUGAUAACCCAACAUGGCAAGCCCACGUUCACAAAGGUAUGCACAGAAGGCCGACUGAUUUUGGUGUUUACCUUUGAUGACCUCAUGAGAAUCAAGACGUGGCACUUCACCAUCUCACACUAUAAUGAGCUCAUUCCUCGCAGCAUGCUGGCUGUUCAUGCACAAGACCCUGGAGCUCUGGAGCAACUGUCCAAAAACAUCAGCAGAGUGGGACUAACCAAUCUCACGCUGAACUACCUCAGACUGUGUAUGAUUCUUGAGCCAAUGCAGGAGCUUAUGUCGAGGCACAAAACGUACGGCUUGAGUCCCAGAGACUGCCUAAAAACAUGCCUCUUUCACCAGUGGCAAAGGAUGACAACACCACCAGUCGGACCUUCGCCUAACUUUAAGACUGAAAUGUUUCAGCCAAGUUCCAAAAAAUCGGAAGCAGCCAAACCUACAGCAAAGAGAAGAAGGAGGCGGAACUCAGCUGGUAGUGCAUCCAGUAGCAGCGCAGGAAACAGCAAGAAACGCAGCCCAGCCAAUAGCUUCAGUUUGCCCACACAGGAUGUGAUGGUGGUGGGGGAGCCCUCUCUGAUGGGAGCCGAGUUGGGAGACGUGGACGAGCGUCUGAUCACCAGGCUGGAGAACGAGCAGUACGACCCUGCUGGCUGUCUCCGGGACGACGGUCGCCAUGACUACACCAACUUGCAGGCACUCGGCAACAGCAACCGGGACGGUGAGCCCACCGCCGUGGCGAUGCAGCGGCCGGAGUAAUGAGGAAUGGAUCAAGUGAGGGGUGCGAGAGCGCAUGUUCAUCUGGGGAUGGAGAGAAGGAAUGUGUGUGUUUGUGGGUGUGUGUAAGAGUGUGUGAGGGAGCAUGUGAGCAUUUUUCUCAGUCUUCAUCACAACCAACAGAAAUCAAUGUAAAAGGAAAUGAUCACCACCACACAUUUGCAUUUCAUAAGAAAGCUUUAUAAAUAAGCUGCGCUAUUAACUACUUUCAUAACAGAAUUUUUACGCUUACGAUUCAGUAACGAUUCAGCCAAUAUGUUAUGUUUGUUUUUUGGCUUUCCAAAACUGACUUUUAACUGUCUAGUUUGUGAAUGUUGUGAUUUUUUACUGCUGCGAAUUUUUAUUUCGGCCCUUUUAUUACUUAAUUGUUUAAUGCAUAAUGUAAAAUACCUGCAGGUAUGUGUAUUUACCAUUAAGUGUAUAAUUUUCUGUAUGCUUUUCAACUAUUUGCAUCAAUAAAUUGUGUUUGGUUAUGACAACA